CAUAGACAAACACACAUCACUGGUGGACUUUGGGCCGGAUUCGCUCUAUGGGCAACACAGCCACUCCUGGAUGCUUUUGGCGUUUUGAGAUAUUGCAUUAAAGCCGCAACUGGGGGGUCGGAAAGAGAGAAACGGUGGACUGGGAGCAUCCUAUUUGAGGUUUCUACCCCCAACAAAGGUUUUAUCCCAUUCUGGACCCGCGCAACGUGUGCGCACACUUGGUACAUGCUUGAGAAGAUAGUCUUAUCUCUGUGGUUCAGGAAGAGGGGCCAGAUGCUGUCUGACAGCUUCAUGCGCUACACAGCCAGAAGUUAUGAGACUCUGGAGUCUCCAACAGAGAAUGAAGAUGAAGGGGCUCCGAAGAUACUUCCAGAGGCAGGAGACCAAAUGGACACCUCUGAGACCAUGGCAGAGAAGCAGCAACCCUCUGCAUCAGGUUCCCAGGAACCAGAGCAAGGCCACGGAGACGUUGGAGCCAAAGAACAACCUGGUGCAAAUUCGAACCGCCCAGAAAGCUCCGUGGACCGAGAGGAAGGUGCUCGCAGGCGUGACCAGUGGGUUCCAUUUCCAUCAUGGCCGGAGGAUUCAUGUCUUCAUGGCAUGUGCUGCCUGUUUAGCCUUCGCUUGCCCACCUGUUCGUUCUGCAGAGAGCGUUGGUAUAUUGCAGACUAUGUGGCCGAGAAACAUCUGGACAUCUUUAUAGAACACGUGUUGAAAUCAGACGACAGAGCCUGCCAUGUGUUGAUGUCUGGAGUCCUCAGGUCCUCCAGCUGCAAUGUGAAAGCUGUGGUGCGCCUCUUGAUGGCCCAGAUUGAAGAGACACCUUGUUUUUUGCCCAGUGAGUUGAAGAAGCAGGUGAAGGCGAAGGCGAUGGCCAUCAGGAUUAUUGGAGAAAUCGUACGCUUCCUUCUCCCACGUAGGCAGAGGCAGCCAAAAUGGAUCAAAGACUUCCAUUUCAUCAUGCUGGGAGUCGUAAUACAGUAUUACUUCAGUCCUGAAGGGAUUAACAUUGUGACCUAUAUGGAUCCAAGUGAAAUCGCCGCUAUCUUUGGGAGCUUGUUGGUGAAACAGGGCACGAUUCCCUCUCAGUUGUCGGGCCGGACCGGUGUGCCUUCCAGUAGGGAUUGCUUGUGAAGGAACCGGAAGACAUCUUAGGGUUCAAGGGAGGUCUUUUACAGAAGAUGGCACCCGCAACCUGGAAACCCUGGAAGUUGGCACCUGCAGGAAGACCAAGAGAUUACUAUUGCAUUUUUAAAAUUGUUUUAUUUUCUUCCUCCAUAAUUAUUUUACUUCUCCCACAAUUUAAUUAUAUUUUCCCAUCUCUUCCCAUACAGUUGUAUAGUUUUCCCACUGAUUUGCAUUGCUUGUCUAUCCAUGGUAACCAUUUUCAUUCAGUUUCAUAAACCAUUCUCCCACACUUGGAAUGAUUUUGGCUCUCCAAUGCCUUUCAAGAGUCGAUCUUGCCCUGGGGAUCAAGUGCAGAAAUACGCUUGUUUCAUCCUGGUUUAACUUGAUCUUUAGGUCAUCUGUUACAUUCAAUAAAAAUAGCUCAGGCUUGAGUGGCAUGUUUCUAUGUACUGUUUCCAUGAUGAUUUUAUGUAUGCUUUCCCAAUAUUUCUUUCUUAUUCAUUCCUGAAUUGUAUAAUAAACAACCUUAUGAUCA